AGUCGCUUCACCGACACGAGAAUCACGGGGAGCAGCUGGAGUCGAGCCGCAACGGGCGGGUGGGGAACGACAGGGGAAGGAGACGGGUCUAACGAACGAAAGACAUGGAGGGCGCAAACGAGUGACUUCUCUGGCAGCGAGAUCGAGACAGAUAGAAAGGCAGAAGAGCGAGAGAUGGAAAAGAAGGCACACAGGGACGGGUGGAGGAGAGCGGUGGAUGGGGCGCCCUGGAUGACGGUCUGGAUCGUGGAAUCCGGCAUGCUCAGCCUGGACUGGCUGCCUGAGGAAUCAGGCAGGAACGCGGCGUUUCUGCCUGAAUCCCGCCGGAAGUGUGCCUGA